UGUGCAGAUAAUUGUUUUGUGUUUCCUCUGCAGGUGAAGGGAGAAAGUGUGUGUGAGCUGAUGUGAAUUCAGCAGCAUGGAUCAGUGUGAGGACAGAGAGGAGGGAGUCCCUCCCUCUAAAACCACUCUGUGUGGUGAAGAUGAGAGCCAGAGCAAAGGUCAGAGGAUGGAGAAAGUCACACUUAAAAACAAGCAUGAAUUUAGGGACCUGUCCUUCAAAAGCCAUGAUUCAAAGGAUAUAUGGUGGGAUUUUAAAUCAGAUCAACCUCCACCACCAGAGAGGACCCAUCAGAAAUUCCAACUUGAACCUGAACUUGAACCACAGCCUGACCUCAUGUCAGUUGUGAGCGAGAACUCUUAUGAUUUUCAUAUCGACUUUGAAUCUUCUGGACCCUCCUCAGAAAGAAUGAAGAAUGUUACAGCUGAAAGUGAGCACACAUACCAGAAUGUGUCCUUUAAAAGCCAUGUUUCAAAGGAUCUUUGGUUUGAAUUUAAACAAAAUCAACCUUCAGCAGCAGAAAGAGUGGAUCAUCACUAUUCUGAUGAUCCCAGAAGUCAAGCUGCCCACAAUGAAAUGCAGCUGGACUCCAUAUUUAAGCUGCUGGAGGACAACAUUGUCAUUUUUGUGAAAAAUGAGCUGAAGAAGAUCCAGAGGGUUCUCAGUCCAGUUUCCAAAAUAUACCCAGAGAGUCAGAUACGUGGGUUGUUGGAAGGUGAGAAGGAACAGCUGAGGAAGAACAGCAGAGAGGCAUUGAUGAAAAUGACUCUGAAUUUCUUGAGGAUAAUGAAUCUGACUAACCUGGCUGACCAUCUCCAAUGCAUCUAUGAGGAGAACAUUAAAGCUGGUCUGAAGAAGAAGUUCCAGUUUGUCUUUGAGGGGAUUACUAAAGCAGGAAGUCCAACCCCUCUAAAUCAGAUCUACACAGAGCUCUACAUCACAGAGGGAGGGACUGGAGGAGUCAAUGAUGAACAUGAGGUCAGACAGAUUGAAACAGCAUCCAGGAAACCACAUAGACCAGAAACAACAAUCCGACAAGAAGACAUCUUUAACGUUCCACCUGGAAGCAAUCAACCAAUCAGAACAGUGAUGACAAAGGGAGUGGCUGGCAUUGGGAAAACAGUCUUAACACAGAAGUUUACUUUGGACUGGGCUGAAGACAAAGCCCACCAGAACAUCCAGUUCAUAUUUCCAUUCACUUUCAGAGAGCUGAAUGUGCUGAAAGAGAAAAAGUUCAGCUUGGUGGAACUGAUUCAUCACUUCUUUACCGAAACCAAAGAAAUCUGCAGCUUUGAACACUUUCAGGUUCUGUUCAUCUUUGAUGGCCUGGAUGAGAGUCGACUUCCUCUGGACUUCCACAACAAGGAGAUCCUGACUGAUGCUACAGAGUCCAGCUCAGUGGAUGUUCUGCUGACAAACCUCAUCAGGGGCAAACUCUGGAUAACCACACGACCUGCAGCAGCCAAUCAGAUCCCACCUGAGUGUGUUGGCAUGGUAACAGAGGUCAGAGGGUUCACUGACCCACAGAAGGAGGUGUACUUCAGGAAGAGAUUCAGAGAUGAGCAGCAGGCCAGCAGGAUCAUCUCCCACAUGAAGACAUCACGAAGCCUCCACAUCAUGUGCCACAUCCCAGUCUUCUGCUGGAUCACUGCUACAGUUCUAGAAGAUGUGUUAAAGGCUAGAGAGGGAGGAGAGCUUCCUAGCACCCUGACUGAGAUGUAUAUCCAUUUCUUGGUGGUUCAGACCAAAGUGAAGACAGUCAAGUAUGAUGGAGGGGCUGAAACAGAUCCACACUUUAGUCCAGAGAGCAAGAAGAUGAUUGAGUCUCUGGGAAAACUGGCUUUUGAUCAGCUGCGGAAAGGAAACAUGAUAUUCUAUGAAUCAGACCUGACAGAGUGUGGCAUCGAUAUCAGAGCAGCCUCAGUGUACUCAGGAGUGUUCACACAGAUCUUUAAAGAGGAGAGAGGGCUGUACCAGGACAAGGUGUUCUGCUUUGUUCAUCUGAGUGUUCAGGAGUUUCUGGCUGCUCUUCAUGUUCAUCUGACCUUCACCAACUCUGGUGUCAACCUGAUGGAAGAAGCACAAAGAUCCUCAAAGAGGUAUACUUUUUUUUCAAAUGCCAAAACUAAAAUCUCUCCUCAUAAAGCUGUAGACCGGGCCUUACAGAGUUCAAAUGGACACCUGGAUCUUUUCCUCCGCUUCCUCCUGGGACUCUCACUGCAGACCAAUCAGAGACUCCUACAAGGUCUGAUGACACAGACAGGAAGUAGCUCUCAGACCAAUCAUGAAACAGUUCAGUAUAUCAAGGAGAAGAUCAGUGAGAAUGUGUCUGCAGAAAAAAGCAUCAAUCUGUUUCACUGUCUGAAUGAAAUUAAUGAUCGUUCUCUAGUGGAGAAGAUUCAACAGUCUCUGAGUUCAGGAAGUCUCUCCACAGAUAAACUGUCUCCUGCUCAGUGGUCAGCUCUGGGUUUCAUCUUAGUGUCAUCAGGAGAAGAUCUGGAUGUGUUUGAUCUGAAGAAAUACUCUGCUUCAGAGGAAGUUUUUCUGAAGCUGCUGCCAGUGGUUAAAGCCUCCAACAAAGCUCUGUUGUGUGGAUGUAACCUCUCAGAGAAAAGCUGUCAAGCUUUGUCCUCAGCUCUCAGAUCCCAGUCCACUACUGUCACAAAACUGGACCUGAGUAACAACAAUCUGAAGGAUUCCGGAGUGCACCUUCUGUUACAUGGACUUGAGAGUUCAAAUCACAGCCUAAAAACCCUUAGGCUGAGUUGCUGCAACCUGUCAGAGAGAAGUUGUGAAGCUCUGUCCUCAGUUCUCAGCUCCCAGUCAUCCAGUCUCAGAGAACUGAAUCUGAGUAACAACAACCUGCAAGAUUCAGGAGUGAAGCUACUUUCAGCUGGACUGGAAAGUCCAAACUGCAAAAUAGAAAUUCUCAGCUUGUCGGGAUGUUUAAUCACAGACAAAGGCUGUUCUCAUCUGGCCUUUGCUCUGACCAUGAAUCAUUCUCAUCUGAAAGAGUUGGACCUCAGCUACAAUUGUCUAGGAGAGUUGGGAGUGAAACAGUUGUCGUUUGGACUGCAGGAUUCACAAUGGAGACUAAACACUCUAAGAGUGGACCCUGCCGGAGUCCAGUGGCUAACACCAGGUCUGAGGAAGUAUUCUUGUCAACUCACAAUCGACUUAAACACAGUGAACAGAGAGCUCAGAUUGUCUGACAACAACAAGAAGGUUACACGUGUGAAGGACCGUCAGUCUUAUCCUGACCAUCCAGACAGAUUUGAUGUCCCUCAACUGCUUUGUCAAACUGGUUUGACCUGUCGUUGUUACUGGGAGGUUGAGGUGAGAGGAGAAGUGGAUAUAUCUGUGAGCUACAGAGGAAUUAGAAUUAGAGGAUACAGUGACGCUUGUUGGUUUGGACGGAAUCAUCAGUCCUGGAGUCUGUUCUGCUCUGAUAAGGGUUAUUCUGUGUGGCACAAUGCCAAAAAAACACCCAUCCUCUUCUCCUCUUCCUCCUCCCCCUUCUAUGUCUCCAACAGAGUAGCAGUGUAUGUGGACUAUCCUGCUGGGAUUUUGUCCUUUUAUAGAGUCUCAUCUGACACACUGAUCCACAUCCACACCUUCAACACCACAUUCACUGAACCUCUUUAUGCUGGAUUUAGAAUAUUUCCUGAUUCCUCAAUCUGUCUAUGUUAGGUUAAAGAGUCUCUGAGAAAACAGACACAUGGAGAUUAGAAUUAUUCUUGGAUGUAGAUGUUCUGUUUCUGUCUGUUACACACCAAAUAUUUUCGGCAUCAAAGGUUGGGACUCUUUCACCAUAACUUUAACCAAGAGGAUUCAGUAGCACAAUUUAUUUAUUAAAAAUUAUUGAUCCUAUUUUAUUACACAGAAAUUAAUCUCAGACACCUAAGACUUUCUCUCUCAUAUACAUAUUUUGAAAAUGUUUCUGAUUAUAACAUGUAUUUCAAUGUGUCACAGCACAAUUAAUGUAGUGAAAAGAUGCUUAAUAUUCUACAUAGCAAUAUUGGAACAAUGGUAGAACAAUAUUGGAACCAUGGGGGGUUGCUAGUUUGAUUUCCACUGUAUCUGCCUCUCUUAUUGUGUCCUUGGGAAAGACACUUCACCCACCUUGACUGCUGCCAUUGCUCAGAAAGGCUGAUGACGCAACAUCUUUGGGGCACAGUGAGUCUGUAACUGUGGCUAUAAAAAAGUAACUUGCCUUUAUCAGAAUGUGAAUGUGUUCUUGAAUGACUAUGUUGAAUCCUAUUCAAGUCUGGUUUUGAUUCUAAAAAUAUGGAUCAUUUUGUAUCCCUGUAAAUUGCCUAAAGAAUUUCAUUGAUAUGUACUGACCUGCAAAAACAAAGAAAGACAGAUUAGUACCGUUAAUUGGAGAAAUGAAGAGGGGAAAGGGGGAGAAAACACCCGUUUUUGAUGUACCCAUGUUAGAGAACAGAUGUAUUGAAUAAAAAAAAUUAUUAUAUAGUCCUACUCUGUUGUUUAAAUGUAUUAUUAGCUUUAAUAAUAAUAAUACAUUUAAUUAUAUAGUUCUACUCUGUUGUUUAAAUGUAUUAUUAGCUUUUUCUCUUGUUUAUAUGAUUUCUUGUUUACUAAUAGAUUUUAAUUCAUCUGUAAUUUAACAGACCUUCCUCCAGUUUUUACUGCUCUUAUCCACUCAGUAUACCACUGAGUGUACUCAAUCAUUACAGAUCAGUAUUACAGAAUGACAGAAUGUAACCUAAUUUCUACCACCUAACAAGUUGAUCUUCUCAGUCCAGUUGAGUUCUAAAUAAUUCUAGAUUAGUGUAAUUCUUGGAGUACUGAUAUAAUGUUUUAUAUGUGUGUGUUUUGUUCUUUUGCUUUGUUCUUGUGAGUAAUAUUGUUUCAUGUGGAUUUUGGAAACUACUGCAAGCAAAUUGUGCCCCAGGAAUAAUAAAGUAUUUGAAUUCAA